CUCUCACAGAUCCAUCGGCGACGGCCUCCACUGAGACUGUAGAUAUCACAACUCGGUUCUUUACAGCGUGUAGAGACGCUCUUGGCCCUGGGGAACUUUGUCAUGGUUCGUGGUUCACACUUCAGCAUUCGAUGUCUGCAAUCGAAAUCAUGGAUCCCAAAAUGGAUAUUCGCAUGCUUGGUUCUCGCCGCGUUGUUUCGACUGCUGAGGCACUGGCUACGGGUGUCUUGCCGUUAGCUCCAUUUGAGAAUAAAUCUGAAUUAGUUGGAAUUAUGGACGAAUUACUGGCGUCUCUUGUGAAUUGGCUCACAGGGGACUCGCUUGCCCAAACGGUUUUCAUAUGCAUGUAUAUGCACUGUACUCAGCUUGUUCGUGAUGUGCACCUGGCUGCUUUUUGUGAACUUUUACGACGGUGUGUCUACCAACUCCGUCAGUUUAUUAUGGCUGCUGGUGCAUUCGAGGAAGAGGACCAUUAUGCACUUACGCAUGGAAUGCCUUUAAAAGAACCUAAUUUUUCUUUUGGUGAUUUGGAUAUUCAUCCAGGUGGUGUAUAUCUCAGUAAAUACUCUUCAGUUGACCUGGUCACUCAUGCCCAGCGCUUGUUAUCUGAAUGCUCCAGUAAUACACCCGAUGCUGCCGUAGAAGGAAUGGAUUAUGUUCGUAUACGGAUAGAAUUUUUAGUGCACCUCCUUCAGUUAACUGACACUUUGCUCGCACACGUGGAAAACCUCGAUGAUCUCGUCUUGAAGGAUUCUGAGCUUGAAGAAUUCGGCUGUUCUUCCGACCACCCUGGGCCUGAGGUUGGAGUUACCAAUUUUAAUCAACAGCCUUGGGAGUCACAUGACGUUGAGCAGUUUUGGAUGAAGCUGGUUUCGAUGUCUACCGAGUGUCAGUCCCACCUCGUUACUUUGAAUCAUUUAGCUGCCGAACUUCUGGCAACUGCGUCGUUUGGUCUCAGUCCUGGACCCGGGAAAACUUCUCCUAAAGAGUCUUUUUACGGAAUACCCGGAUUCGAACCCUUAUUAAACCAAACGAACCUCCCGUCGUAUAUUCCACGGUUCGUAGUUGUGCACGAUCGACUCGCGGCCUUCACAUAUUUCUGUGAUCUUACUGACCACAUGAUGCGUCUUACGAAUACUUUUCAUGAGGUUGGUACAAGACAUUUGAACUCUCCUAGUGCGUCUUCACUGCAUUUGCUUUGGUCUUUGAUGCGGUCAUGCGGACAAACACCGUGUACAUAUGUGACAAAGAUUUUCGGGGUUUCUCGUGAUGCACAAACUUCCGUCCCUCCAUCGAAUUCCAGUAGUUGCCUGUUGUCACGAACACUUUCUAGUUUUCUGUAUUUUGUCUCAAUGGACCGGUUACACCAGUUACCAGAAGCCGCGACAAUGCAUGCACUCUUUGCACUUCGCUCCUGGCUGCUACUUGAACCGAGUCACUUUCGGACAGUACUCGAGGGUAUCGUUUCAGAUCUCAGUGGAUUAAAAGAUUUCUUUGAUGUGCUGGGAGAACAAUUAUCUCUGAUCCCGCGUCUCUAUUGUCUCAAUCGAUCGCGUCAGCGUACUGCACUGGUACAAUGUUUGCAAAAACUACCGGAUAUUCUUGAAAAUUGUUUACGUAUUGAGUGGAUUAUUGGUGUGGAGCUAGCCAAGAGGCUUGACCCAGAAGCUAAAGACAACCGGUUGGACGAGCCCCUAAAGCCAGUUGCACUCCAACUGACCAGCCUUCUGUGUUAUUAUUAUUAUCAACUUGCUUGGGACUAUCUUAUUUCUGGAUUCCAGUUGGAGCUGUACAGUCCGCAUGAAUGGAUUUUCAUGUACACUUUCAUUAUCCAGCUGUUGCAAAACCUUCAUGGUCUUUUAGAACGCUUCAUAGCCAUUUCAUUCAGCAACGAUACUCAACCGAGCAAGCAUGACUCACUACCUCACGUUUUAAAUGGAAAUGCUUCCUGUUCACAGUGCGCUAAUAUAUCUUCCGGCGCUGGCGACAGCACAGUUCACUCUCAUCGCUCAUCUGGAAACCGUCGCAAAAAGAACAAGAAGCAUUGGAAACCCGCUUUUGUGAACCCUCCCACAAAACCUGCCACACUACCGGAGGGAAGGCCACAUAAUCUGUCACAAAGCAGCACACUUCUUAAGAUUUGCGGACCGUGUUCAGAGACUGAGCUUGUGGUUCUCACUGUCCAUCGAUUUUUGACAGCUGCAACGAUGUACGCCUUGCGAGCUCUACAGCUUGAUGGCGGUGGUGACCCCGUUUUGGACAAAAAUGUCCCCAAUCUCCGCGUUGGUUAUGGCAAUCCUGUGGUUAUUUACGGUCGACGUUUGGGAAUUUUCUUGCUGACCCCCAACUCGCCUCUUGUAGACAUCGGUGGUGUUCAGGGUGCCUUUGAUGCAUGUAAGCAGUACCUGACAACCGACAUCUUCCAGUCCGGUAACACAUCAGAACUGUACGAACGAGCUUGGCGCAACUUCGAGAACGCCCGUGUUCGGACGCAGUUGGCAUUAAAACGCCAACAAGAAGACUUAAAAAUAUCUAUGCCUGGUCUGGGUGAUGGACGUAACAUGCUUCCGACUGAUUUCUUUCAACGUUUCUUCAAUGCUCCUGACCGGUUGUCUGAUUUGGAUCGACUGGCUAAUCAUAACGCUAUCGCUUGUCGGGUACUUGCGACAUGCCCUGAUCGCCGUCCCAAACCGGAUGAGGCGACUCAACACAAAUACACUUUCCUUACAUCGGGUCCGGUGAGAUUAGAGUUCGACCAUUUGACGAGUAAGGCCUAUCCACUCAUACGUCUCGUCAGUCCACUGGUUUCUAAGUGAUCUGCCACGCUGACGAUUUCAAAAGGCCACACGAACACGACGUGCAGCGCCCUUCUCCAACUGGUGUUACGUACCAUGCUCUGUGAUCUGUCCGCCAGCCUCAUUGUCCCUAACCGUUGUUGCUGAGCGCCCUCCAUGCCACAAUAGAUUGGAGAACACUAACGGUAUUUUGUACUUCAUCCCCUUUAGACCGUUGCCCAAAAUGUGAAUCACUUGAUGUUUGUACAGUUUUCUG